AUCUUCCAGUAAACAUUGGAUGGAUGGAUGGAUGGAUGGAUGGGUGGGUGGAUGCUGCCUCUUCAGAUGGACUUCCUGACCUUCCAUCGCGAUGUCACUCAAGACUUUGCUUCAGUGUGCAAAAUGCUCCUUCACAGCCUCACUGGCCCCCCAGCUUUGUGGUCACGCCCUGGGGGGGGAGCCCACCACGUGUUUCCCACAGCUGCAGCUGCCGGUUCCUAUAAAGAGGCAUCUGGAAGCCGAGCGGCGUUGGGCACCCAGUGCCGAUACCCCCGAGAUAAGACCGGAGCUGCUCUCCCUCCCAUCUCCGAGGAUGAAGACCCUCUUCACCUUUCUGUUCCUGAUGGUCUCUGUCACUCUGGCUGUCGAGGGUCUCAGUGCAACCCCUUCGACCCAGCCCAAUGACCAGAAGGUGGAUCCUGGGCCCACCCGUUGCUGCUUUGCCUACAUGACACGUCCGGUCCCACUGAGCCGGUUGAAAUCUUUUGAAUACACCAAUGGCAGAUGCAGCAAGCCGGCCGUCGUAUUCAUCACAAAAAAAGGCAGAACGAUCUGUGCUGAUCCGUCAGAACAAUGGGUCCAGGAUCGCAUCCGUGCCCUCACCCCGCCUUGAACGGCCUCCAUGCAAGCAGAGAGCACGUCUCCCCCAUCGGCAGAGGCCCAUAACCAGUUUUGACCAAAGGAGAAACCAUUAUUAAACCAUUAUGUUUGUUCAAGCA